AUGCAAUUUGGCUGGGCGUACGAUGGCGUCAACGGUUCCGUACCACGCAAUACCGGACCAGAAUGCGCGGAGUACCUCACGCCGAGCCGGAAGCUGAUCGAAACAGUCAUCACGAUACCGCUCUGCCUGCUGGCGAUCAAAUGGUCGGUCAGCCGGCUCAAACCGAUCACCAACCGCCAGCUGGACCGGCUGGUCGGUGGAGUGCUCGGUGCCAACAAGCCGCUCAGCGGCAGCAAUCACAAUCUGCAUCACCUCCACUAUCAGCGCCACGCCGAUCCGGAGCCCCGAGAUCUGCUGAUGCCACACCACCGGGAGCGAUCGUUCUCCUCGGCAUCCAUAGCUAGCGGCAUUGCGGACGAGUUCUGCUGCCAACGCUGUAACCAGCCGAGCUCGCUGUCCGGACGAGGCGGAUGGAUGUAUCCGGGCGACUCGCUCGUGCCCAGCUGGGGCAAACAGUUUUUACUGGUCACCAUGACACUCACGUUGGGUGUAGAGAUAGGCUUUAAAUUCGCAACUAGGACUGUUAUCUACAUUUUAAAUCCUUGCCAUAUAACCACCCUGAUGCAGAUCUAUCUGUUGGCCUGCAACAAACCGACAAAGACCAGUACGGUGCUCUUUCGGAUCCAGAUGAACUAUCUGAAUGGACCACUGUUAGCAUUUAUGUUUCCGGAAACCGACAGUAGACAGUUGCCACUUGAAGCAUCCAUCUACUGGAUCCAGCACGCUCUCAUGUGCAUUAUACCAAUCUAUCUACUAAAGACAGGAGGAGUUUACAACAUGGAAGCUUUAAACGAUUUCACAUGGAAUGUGAUCGGUUACGCAAUUUUAAUCAUCUAUCACUUCGGGGUUCUACAACCCGUAGCUACCCCCUUUCAAGUAAAUCUUAAUCACAUGCUAUGCCCUGCAUUGAAGGACCCCUUUGAAGGGCCCAACUAUCGCAUCUGUGCAGUAUUCCACGAGGCCAUCCUCUGCACGCUUCUAUGCAAACUGGUGACAUUCCUGUUCAGCCCACUACCCCCCUCGGUAGUCAGCAAUCCUCCGUUCAUCAAAAAUGGAACGCCCGGCGAUGCAACUCCCAACAUUCCCGCUUCUAGUAUGGCCUCGUCUACCUCGCUGCCGCCACAUCUCAUCUCGUCAUCCCGUCCAUCGUCGCGCUCAUCGUCGCCGGCCAAGUCGGUCUCGAUGCUGCAGGAAAACAACAUCAUCAUCAAGACGAGCAAGAUCGAUUAG